ACUGGACAAUAUACCAUGAGAGGCACUCAAUCAUUAUUAAAGCACAUUCCGUUGAUCAAGUUUGUGGGAGGACCCCACAAGCAUGCAAAAUCAGUUGCCGGGAUUCACCCGAUGGCUCCUGAUGGAUUAAAACCAAGUUCUUCUAGUGGCACCACCUCGUCACCAUUUUCCAACCCAAACCCACUAGAGCCAAAGGAUGGUGAAUACUUUUCCAGAUCACAGUUGCCCUUGAGAUUUAGAUACAAGGUUCCUAAGGAAGAUGAAGCUGCUAACAUUGUGAGCGGAGGAGCCGAGAUUGUGUUUUAGUGAUAAAAUAUACAUAGAAUCUAUGACUAUUUA